AUGUCUAAGAAACGCAAGUGGAACGACGACUACAUUCGUUAUGGUUUUACCUGUAUGACUGAGGCAGAUGGAACUCAACGACCACAGUGCAUGCUCUGCAGCACAGUCUUUGCAAAUGCAAAUCUCAAACCAUCAAGACUCAAUGAACACUUCAACAAUCGGCAUGGAGGCACAGAUGCUGGACAUGACUUAAACAGCUUGAAGAUCAAGCGGGAACGAUUUGAUCGUAGUGGUACCCUGUCAAAGCUAGGUUUUGUGCCAGUUGAGAAACCUUUGUUGCAAGCAUCUUAUGAAGUUGCCCUUUUGUGUGCAAAGAAGAAAAAAGCUCACACUAUCGCAGAGGAGCUUGUUAAACCUUGCGCAUUAGAAAUGGCAAAAAUAGUGUUAGGGACAGAAGCUGAAAAGAAGCUUAAACAGAUACCUCUGUCAAAUGACAUUAUUCAUUCAAGGAUUCAUGAUAUGAGUCAAAAUGUCUUGCAGCAGGUGAUAACAGACCUGAAAGCUAGUCCUGUCAGAGUGAGUAUUCAGCUGGACGAGUCAACUGACGUUAGUUUUUGCAGCCUGUUGAUGGCAUUUGUUCGGUAUGUGAAGAAGAAAGAAGUGGUGGAAGAAUUCUUAUUUUGUAAACCUCUGAAAACUACUGCAAAAGCAACUGAUGUGUUCAGUCUUGUGAAAGAGUUCUUCUUGGAACAUGAAAUGACUCUCAACAUGUGUGGUUCAAUUUGCACUGAUGGAGCCCCUGUCAUGCUUGGAAAUAAAUCAGGCUUUGCUACCCUAGUGAAAAAAGAAGUUCCCCAUGUAACUGUCACUCACUGUGUGUUGCAUCGUCAUGCACUUGCUACAAAGACGCUGCCAGAAAAAUUGAAGACUGUUUUAUCAGUUGUUGUGCGUGCUGUAAAUUUCAUCAGAGGACGGGCAGUGAAUCACCGUCUUUUUGCAUCUUUUUGUGAAGAAAUUGAAGCCGAGCACAGUGUUCUUCUUUACCACACAGAAGUGAGAUGGCUUUCCCGUGGCAGGGUACUUACACGUGUAUUUGAACUUCAUGAAGAAAUUAUGCAAUUUCUUAGAAAUCAAGGCAGUGAAAUUGCUGACCAUCUUGAAAACAGGGAGUUCAUUUUGUCUCUGGCAUAUCUGGCAGAUGUAUUCAUGCACCUCAAUGAACUGAAUGUCUCUAUGCAAGGAACAGCGAUGAAUAUGAUAACUGCCAGGGAAAAGGUAUCUGCCCUCACCAAGAAGCUUCCAAUGUGGAUAAAGCGCAUUGAAAGUGGAAAUUUUGCAAACUUCCCUUCUCUUGAUGAGGCUGCUAGUGCUGAAGAAGAGCUGCCCAUCCUGAGUGAAGUAAAAGAACAUUUGCAAGAACUGAUUCUGUCCUUCCAAGGGUAUUUUCACCUUGAAGAAGGUUCUGUGGCACAAAGAUGGAUACGGGAUCCAUUUCUUUUCAACCUUGAUUCCAUGGAUGAUAAUGAUAUCAUGAAAGAUGAUCUUGUGGAGUUACAGACCAAUGACAGAAUGUGAAUGGAGUUUGAAAAAAUGCAACUGGAUAUGUUUUGGUGUGCACAACUCCAAGCAUUCCCACAGUUAGCAAGGAGAGCUUUGGAGGUCCUCGUACCAUUUGCAACUAUAUACUUAUGUGAGGCAGGUUUUUCAACGCUCCUACACAUCAAAACAAAAGCCAGAAACCGUUUGGAUGCAAGUGAUGACAUGCGUCUGGCACUUUCAAAGAAAGAACCUCGUUUGAACAACAUCAUUAAGGAGAAACAACAACAAAAGAGCCACUAA